AAACAACUAAUCUCGAGCUACCAACAAAUCGACCUUUCUGUUCCGGUCGGAAAUUUUCUGUUUAUUGUUAAACAUGGCCAAUAGAUUAUUUUCCAGUCGUACAUUCAGUUCUACUUACCGACUAUUAAAGCAUUCUAAGAUUCAAAGCCGAAGUUAUGCUACUGAGAUGUCUUUCACGUUUGCAUCGCCUUCCGAAGUUUUUUACAACAAGGAAAGUGUAAAACAAGUUGAUGUGCCAUCCUAUAGUGGAAGCUUUGGUAUACUGCCAAGCCAUGUUCCAACAUUAGCAGUAUUGAAACCUGGUGUUGUUACGGUAUUUGAAAAUGAUGGUGCGGCAAAAAAAUAUUUUGUCAGCAGUGGAUCUGUAACAAUAAAUGAAGACUCAUCUGUCCAAGUUUUAGCUCAAGAAGCUGUACCACUUGAAAGGCUGGAUCCUCAAGCUUGUAAAGAAGGCUUAUCUAAAGCUCAACAGCAGUUAGGGUCUGCCAGUACAGAAGAAGCUAAAGCAGAAGCUCAGAUUGCAAUUGAAGUUCAUGAAGAACUAGUUAAAGCUACAUCCUAGAUUAUAUUAAAAUCCUUAUUACUGUGACAAUUCACCUGAAUUUUUAAGAUUAAAAAAAAUUUAGAUGUAUGUAAAAAUUGCUGAAAUUUUUUUGGAUUUAGAUAUUUUUUUCCUUGACCAUGUUUAUCAAAGCAUCAUAUAUAUAUGUUAAAUUUGUUAUGUUUAUAGGAAAAAAUGUACUUCAAACCACAACUAACAGUAAAAAACAUGGUAAUAAAUAUUAAAAUUUUGUUA